AUGGUUGAGGCAAUUGCGAUACGCCAACACUUGCUCUUUCUUGAUAGAGGUAUGCAUUUUUCCUCGGAAAACCUGAAGCUGAUGCUGAAGAAGAAGCAGCAAGAAAGGCAUUGCCAUUAUGUAAAGGCGCUAUCCAACUUGAAGCAGCAGCCGGAGAAGGAUUACCAGAAGAAGCCUUUAACCUUGCACCACAGUAUCAGUACUGGUGCCCCACUUUAUGAGUCCUCCAAGGCUUCAUUUGAUCAAUAUAUGGUGGAUGAACAAAGGGUUUUUAAAGCCCUUUUUCCAGGCAUAAAGGGAAGCAAAAAACUUAACAAGAAAGAGUGGAGGAUUCAAAUGCCAACCAUGCAGUUCUUGUUCAUGUCUGUCUGCCUUGUAAUAUACAUCAAUUUUAGAUACAAAUCCAAAGGAAAAGACUACCCUCCUCAUGUUCCUCAUCACAUCUCCAAUGUCAUUGAGCUUGAAGCUACAAGGUGGGAACUUGAGGGCCUUCCCGAUAAGUACCGGCCGCGUGACUUUAGCAUAUCUGUUAAAGGAACCAUAUAUCCUGAUAGACAGCAAGGAAAACAAAGCAGGCUUAGAACACAGCUUGACGUAAUCGUAAGCUUCAUUGUUUCACCUCUGCCUGGUUGGGUUCCACACAGUGUUAUGCAUAGCCUUACAGAAUCGCUGGUGAAGACAGUUAUGGCGGAUUCGACAUCCAAUGGCAGAUUGCUUGAAGACUAUGAUGAAUUCAAAACGAAGAAUGUUGUUUAG